AAUUAUGGCAAGAAUGGGCUAACGAAUACAAACCUAUCCAAAAAAUAGACUCAAUAUGGUAUGAUACAACAACAACAGAAAUUACACCUAUCGAGCUAGAGAAUAUAAUCAAAGAAGCACCUAAUACAAAGGCUACCAGACCCUCAAAAAUAUCAAAUGAAAUGCUAAAACAUCUUGGCCCUCAAGCAAAAUCAAUGAUCCUAGACAUAUUCAACAAAUACCUAAAACUACAUGACGU